GGUGGCGAUACGUGCGAGUAUCUUCUGUCCAGUGGGAGAUUUCUUGGAGAAAAAGUAUGGCAGCCCCACAGUUGUAUGAUGCACAAAUACAAAAAUAGUGAAGCGAAAAAUUGCCUCAUAGACAAACAUAUUGUCUUUAUAGGAGAUUCUAGAAUUCGACAGCUGUUCUAUUCAUUUAUAAAACUCUUAAAUCCUCAAGUCAAAGAAGAAGGAAAUAAGCAUGGAAAUAUCCUGUUUGAAGAUAAAUCUGCUUCAAUUAAAGUGGAUUUCCUGUGGUAUCCAGAAGUUAAUGGCUCUAUGAGGCAACGUAUCAAAUCUUGGACUGAGAAUUCUGUGACAAAACCCGAUAUAAUUGUAGCAGGAGCUGCCACGUGGUCUAUCAAGAUUCACAAUGGCAGCAACGAAGCCCUCUCUCAGUAUAAAACCAAUAUCACUUCAAUUGCACCGCUUUUGGAAAAAUUAGCCACAAGUAGUGAUGUGUACUGGGUCUUGCAAGAUCCUGUUUAUGAAGAUCUGCUGAGUGAAAGUCGAAAAAUGAUCACUAAUGAGAAAAUAGAUGCCUAUAACGAAGCUGCUGUUCGUAUUCUGAACAGCAGCUCCCGGAAUUCCAAAGCUAAAGUUAAAGUGUUCAGUGUGUCGAAACUGAUAGCACAGGAAACUAUCAUGAGGUCUGCAGAUGGCCUGCAUCUCCCCGAGUCAAGCAGAGAUACAAACGCGAUGAUUCUCAUGAACGUCUACUGCAAUAAGAUAAUGAAGCCCAUCGACGGCUCCUGCUGCCAGCCUCAGCCUCCUCUCACUCUGAUCCAGAAGUUAGCUUUCUGUUUUUUUACUUUGUCCAUUAUUGGAUAUUUAAUUAUUAAUUUAAUCCAUCGGAAUAGUUAUCGGAAGAACAAAUCAUGCACUGAUUUGGAAAGCGGAGAGGAGAAGAAACCUGCCAUCAGCACUCCUAAUGUUUCUACUUUAGAGAUGCUCUUACACUCCUUCUGCAAACUCGGUCUAAUCAUGACCUACUUUUAUCUGUGUGACAGAGCAAAUCUUUUCAUGAAGGAAAAUAAAUUUUAUACACAUUCAUCUUUCUUCAUACCAAUCGUCUAUAUCUUGGUUUUGGGGGUAUUUUAUACCGAAAAUACCAAAGAGACUAAAGUGUUAAAUAGAGAGCAGACUGAUGAAUGGAAGGGCUGGAUGCAGCUUGUUAUUUUGAUUUAUCAUAUCUCUGGAGCGAGCACUUUUUUGCCUGUGUACAUGCACAUUCGAGUUCUGGUUGCUGCAUAUCUGUUCCAAACAGGUUAUGGGCACUUCUCGUAUUUUUGGAUAAAAGGGGACUUUGGUGUAUACAGAGUGUGUCAGGUUUUAUUUCGUCUCAAUUUCCUGGUUGUGGUACUGUGCAUAGUGAUGGACCGACCCUACCAGUUCUACUACUUCGUGCCGUUGGUCACCGUCUGGUUUAUGGUCAUUUAUGCCACCUUAGCUAUAUGUCCUCAGAUAGUCCAGAAGAAAGCAAAUGGGAACUGUUUGUGGCACUUGGGGUUACUGCUGAAACUGGUUGCCUUGCUGGCGUGUAUAUAUUUUCUGUCAUAUUCUCAGGGCGCGUUUGAGAAGAUAUUUUCCUUCUGGCCACUCUCCAAGUGUUUCGAGCUGAAUGGGAACGUCUACGAGUGGUGGUUUCGGUGGAAGCUGGAUCGCUAUGUGGUUUUCCACGGGAUGCUCUUUGCUUUUAUUUAUCUGGCCUUGCAGAAGCGUCAGAUGAUAUCGGAAGGAAAGGGAGAUCCUCUGUUCUCCAGCAGAGUUUCAAACGUUCUAUUAUUUAUUUCAGUCGUAUCCUUUUUGACCUACUCUGUUUGGGCGAGUAGCUGUAAAAACAAGACAGAGUGCAAUGAGCUCCAUCCUUCUGUUUCGGUGGUGCAGAUUUUAGCUUUCAUCCUCAUCAGGAACAUUCCUGGCUACGUGCGAUCUGUGUACAGCUCGUUCUUUGCCUGGUUUGGCAAAAUUUCGUUAGAGCUUUUCAUUUGCCAGUACCACAUCUGGCUGGCGGCAGACACGAAGGGGAUCUUGGUGCUCAUCCCCGGGUACCCAAUGUUCAACGUCCUUGUCAGCACUUUCAUAUUUGUGUGCGUGGCCCAUGAGAUCUCUCAGAUCACCAACGAUCUCGCUCAGAUUGUGGUUCCGAAAGACAACUCGACUCUGCUGAAAAGGCUGCUGUGCGUAGCCGGCUUCUUCUCUGGACUGCUCCUCUUCUCAGCAAUGCAGGACCGGGCAAGGCAUUAACUCGAACAGAUUCUUGGAAACUUUUCCUCAGGUUUACUU